AUGGCCUCAAUUCGAAAACACUCCUCUUCUUCUUCUACUUCUCUCGAUGAGAUUAAGCCAUGGAAGAUCAUAGUGCAGAUCAUUCGAACGUGCGAGGGAAAUAACAGAGAAUCAGGCAACUCCGUCGAUAUGGUUUUACUCGAUUCAUCGGGAACAAGAAUUCACACAACUAUUCAUGAAGCUUUCUCUAAAUGGAUUUCGGAUAUUGGUAAUGGAAAGAUCAACAAGCCGAAUGAUGGAGAAACUGAAAUUGACAUCCCUGAAGAUUUGCUGAUAACUGAGUGCAAAUCCUUAACUGAUCCUGAUUUUUAUCAAGAGAAGGCUAUUUUGUGUCAUGCAAAUGACGUUGAUCAGAUUAAUGAUUAUAUGCUUUCACAGUUGCCAGGUCAAGAGAAAGAAUGUUACAGCGCUGAUAGCAUCUCUCCAGCUCACUCAACCCCGGAUGACGACAUGUUAUACCCUCCUGAAGUUUUGAAUAGCAUCAAAGCUUCAGGAUUGCCUGAUUUUAAGUUGAGACUAAAGGUUGGUGCUCCCGUCAUGUUACUUAAGGACCUUAAUCCUUACGAUGGGUUAUGUAAGGGGACAAGACUUCAAAUUACUCGGCUGGAAACUUUUGUGCUUGAGGCUAGGAUUAUAUCAGGUAAUAAGCUUGGUAAGAAAGUCUUGAUCCCUAGGAUUAUUUCAUACCCAACAGAAGCAAGUUAUCCAAUCAAAAUGAGGCGUAGGCAGUUUCCUUUUAAUCUUGCAUUCGCAAUGGCUAUAGAUGAAAGUGAUCAAGUGCAAACACUUUCCAAAGUCGGUCUAUAUCUACCAAGACGAGUGUUCUCUCUUGGACAGAUGUAUGUUGCCAUAUCCAAAGUGAAGUCCAGUGCUGGUUUGGAAGUUCUUAUCACAGAUACAGAAGGAGGAUGCAAACUGAUCGCUUUUACAAUAUUCUGA